GUGCAGUUGCGUUUUCCGAUUCUCGCUCCGGAGUCCCGUCGCCUGGGAGAGCCGGGGGAGGACGCCGCUUCGAUUACGUCGCGAGUGAAAGUUGACCUCUGCCGCCGUGCGAGUGCAUCCUUUUUCUCCGAGGACGCGUCGCGAAGGCGCUGCGAACGACUGCCGAUCUCGAACCGUCCCGAGUGGCUCCCAUUGAAGCCACUCGACGCUGGGAGCCGGCGGUGCGCGCGCGGAUGUCGGCAGGAAUCGGCGGAGGAAUAAUUGAACGCGAACUUUAGUGGACUCGGCGUCGCGCGCAGCGUAGAAGAGGGAGGAGAGGCGACGGACGAGACCGGACGAGAUCGGACGACGUGCGUGCAUGCCGGGUGCGGCGCGGGUCCCGUCGAGCUCCAGCCGGGUCGUCGCUCGUCCCGAGCCAACCUGCUGCGCCUAACGACUUCGGCACGAGCCGGGGAAAACGACGCCGCCGCCGCCGUCGCUGCUGCCGCCGCUGCCGCCGCCGCCACCGCUGCCGCCGCCGCGUCCUCUCCGAGGCUUCGGGAAGCGGAAGUCCGGAGGAGGCCCUCCGAGGGGAAGGAUCGAUGGUACCGCAGAAGAACCGUAGAACUCGAAGAGACGUACCCAGCCAUCGUUAAGACGAGCCGGCACUCGUUACGGUGCUCGAGCCGAGAACGCAACAGGUGGUCGACAAGUAAGUCGAGGAUCCUCCGCGAUUUUGCUCCUUUCGGGGCCGGCCCGGUCGUCACGGCCGAGAAGGCCGGACGAGCGACUCGACCCGUUUCGCCGUCGCGCUCUCUCCUCCGUUGGCGGGCGAGUCGAGCCCUUCGACCGAAGGUCGUCGCCAAUCGGUCCUAAAUCCUGCGCAGCGCCGUCAAUACGAGCGGGAACGCCGAGGCCAGUCCGUCCGGCAGCCGGUGGAGCAAGUGCCCGGGCGAGAUGAGACUCGUGCAGAGACUGGCGAUCAGCGGGCUGCUGUCGGUGAUGCUGAUCGUCCUGCUGACCGGCGCCUUCGUUACGCGGCGCGACCUGGCCAGCGUGGUGGACCGUGGGGUCGCGCCCGAGGAACGAGCCGAUCAGGUCAACCCCGCCUGGGUGCGGGACAACGACCCCGUGCCCAACCAGGACUACCAAGAGACGGCGCACCACCGGAAGUUCGGCCUGAUGCGGCACCGGGCCUCCUGGUCGGAGGCGCCCGCCGCGGCGCCACCGCCGACGCCGACGUCGGCCCCCGGGUCCUACGUCGUUCGGCCGCCGAAUCCGCCCCUCGACGACGUCACCAACCAGCGAAGGGAGAAGGUCAAGGAGAUGAUGAAGCACGGCUGGGACAACUACGUCAGAUAUGCCUGGGGGAAGAACGAGCUGAGACCCAUCUCGAAGAGAGGCCACAGCGCGAGCAUCUUCGGCUCCUCUAACAUGGGCGCGACCAUCGUCGACGGUCUCGACACUCUCUACAUCAUGGGCCUCCACGACGAGUUCAAACAGGGCCGUGACUGGAUCGCCGAGAAUCUGGACUUCGACAUAAAUUCGGAGAUAUCCCUGUUCGAGACGAACAUCAGGUUCAUGGGAAGCCUACUGGCCUGCUACGCCCUGACGGGCGACGUCAUGUUCCGCGACAAAGCCGCGCAGCUGGGCGAGCUCAUGCUGCCGGCCUUCCAGACGGAGACGGGGAUUCCGCAUUCGCUCAUCAAUCUCCACACGGGGGCGAGCAAGAAUUACGGCUGGGCCAGCAGCGGUUGCAGCAUCCUCUCGGAGAUCGGCACGAUACACCUCGAGUUCACGUACCUGAGCGACAUCACGGGCAACCCCGUGUUCAGGAGCAAGGUGGAGAACGUGAGGAAGAUGUUGAAGAGCUUGGAGAAGCCGAAGGGUCUCUACCCGAAUUACAUCCAUCCCAGGACGGGGAAGUGGGGCCAACAUCACAUGUCGCUCGGCGGCCUAGGAGACAGUUUUUACGAGUACCUGCUGAAGGCCUGGAUCCAGUCCGGAAGAGAGGACGUCGAGGCCAGAGAAAUGUACGAUUCCGCGAUGGCUGCCAUCGUCGAUCACAUGAUCGUUAAAUCGCCGGGCGGACUAUUGUACGCCUCGGACCUCAAGUACGACCGGUUGGAACACAAGAUGGGACACCUUGCCUGCUUCGCAGGUGGUAUGUUCGCCCUGGGAGCUAAAACCCUCGAAAACGACGUGUCCAACCACCACAUGGAAAUCGCUGCCGGGUUGACCAACACCUGCCACGAGUCCUACGACCGCAGUGCGACGAAACUUGGACCGGAAGCGUUCCACUUCAUCGAGGGCAACGAGGCGAGGAGCUUGAAGAGCGGGGAGAAGUACUACAUCCUCAGGCCGGAGACGUUCGAGUCCUACUUUGUUAUGUGGCGGUUGACCAAGGACCCCAAGUAUCGGGAAUGGGGUUGGGAGGCGGUCCAGGCUCUGGAGCAACACUGCCGAGUUCCCGGAGGAUUCACGGGACUGCACAAUGUCUAUCAGCUGGACUCGAGCAAGGACGACGUCCAGCAGAGCUACUUUUUCGCGGAAACGCUCAAGUACCUCUACCUAUUGUUCAGCGACGACGAUCUGAUCAGCUUAGACGAGUGGGUGUUCAACUCCGAGGCUCACGUGCUUCCUAUACGGGGAAAUCCUUUGUACCGCCUGGCCCCAACCUUAUAGACCCCGACGAGUCGAUCGAGAAAAUUCGGUAACUACGGCUCCGCAAUAAGGACGUAAAAUCGGCGCACAGCGAGAGAACGUCGAGGCGACGACUCUCGAACCCGCAGGACGACGAGACGAGGUGCGAUUCCUGGGCGGAAGUCGCCGCGGAGGUCGUGCCUCUCGUCGACACGGACCUCGCGGAGCGUCGCGACCGAGACCGAGACCGAAACCGCGACCGAGACCGAGACCGAGAGACCGAUUAACUAAUUUAACGAAGACACGUAGGCGGCGGAUCGUUACUAUCCAAGUUUGUAUAUAAAACGAAGAGUAUCGCGAGAGUGAGUGCUUCGCCAUCCGUCACCGUUUUCCAGGAUGAAGACCCCUGGAUCACCCGAACGGAUCUCUGACGUGACGUAAAUUCCAAAAGACGCGGAUACGGUUUCCAAGAGCCGUGCUAUCACAUCUUGUGACUGACAAAUCACCCGCUGAUAUCGUGGCUCGCGCUCGUUCCUAGAUUUAUUCCGCGAGACGGAGCAAUUCGUUCGUUCCCCGAAAACGUCGCAUCGAACUAUGCGGGGAACGAAUCUCUGGCGCAAACUUUGUACGAAUGGUGCGCGAUCCAUCGGGGACUUGUGGCCGUCAAAAGAUCUGAGAUGGCUGUGCGAUUACGUAUCAAUGUUAACUAAUGUACCGUAUCGAAAUGCAUCGCUCCUGACUCACAAUCGGUCGGUCCGAAACUGCGAUCUUAAACUCGGAGGAUCUCGGAUAUCUCGAGAACGACUCCACGAUUCGGGUUAACCGAAGAGUUUCCUCCUGGAUAAUAAUUCUAAUGACCUCGUUCAAAGGAAUCGGGGAUACGGAGAUAUCGAUAACGUUUUUGCAUCUGCCGCCGACUUUCCUUUGAUCCGACAGUGAACGCCAAUUUCGCAAAGCGAGCAUUUUAAUUUUAAUACGAGAUCGCAUGGGUGAUGCGAACACGUUUCCGUUGCAAUUUCGUUUAUGUGGCUAUAUUGCGAUAGCGCCGAAGCAGCCGGAAUAAGAAACUUCUCACUUAAAGAGUUGAAACGGAUUCUUUUUUAACCGGACGUGAUCUUAUUUAGAAGAGAAAUCCCACACGCUUGGUAUAUAUAAUAUAUAUUUUCGCGAUGCAGAUCAGUGUUGCGUAAACGAAAUCGCAGCUGCAUCACCUUACGCCCGCGUAAGAUGUGCAACUUUUGUAUUUAACAUGAUCUACGGUGGGGCGAGAGAAAAGUCUAUAUAAUUUAAAAAUAUGUAUAUUGAUGCGACAUGAAUGCGCGCACGUGACGAGAUCCAAAAGGCUAGGUCGUGCAACUGUAACGAGUAGGCGAAGGAUUCUAGUAGCGAGGCACUAUGGAUAAAUAGACACUGUACAUAAAUAUUGAGAAAGAGAGUCAUAUUCUAUCGAGGCGACGCAAGGAGUGCGCUAGGGACAGUGUUAUUUAGAGACAACGUGUAAGUGUAUAGCGUUCGCGAUCCCUGAUACAUUCUCGCGAUGAAAGUGGAAGGAAAUGCUCGUUGGUGCUCGGGUACGAGCGGUAGUACCGAGGCGCACUACUUCCGAAUACAAUCAGCGUGCUAGGCGCGCUUCCACUGGCGGUUAACGGCCAAAAAGUUACUUAAAUAACAUAUAAUUCUGACGGAUGUCGUUAUCCUCGUUCGGAGCGACGUCUGUAUCGAGGCGAAAGUCUGGUAUCCAAUCACGACCAGUGCUCGAUGCCAAACGUAUUCGCGUGGUGCUCUUACACAGAGAUGGCCACAUUUACACGUUAAAUAUUUUACGUACCAUUUAAUCGCACUCUUUGCCUGCCUCGUUUUUAAAUGAGGGAAUACCGACAUCCAAGUCCGGUCUAUCAAUGGGAGCGUCAUUAUCUUGUAUAUUAUUCUUGGUUAUAGAAUGCGAUUUCAGUUGUCCGAUAACGUUUUAUUUUCAGUCCAGAAACUAAUGUCGUCCAUCUCUGUUUGGAGUUCUCACAUUCGCGAUAAGAUCCCUUUUCCACUUUUAUCCUACAAAAUGAAACAGCCCGCUCGCGUUUUUCGAACUCGAGGAUCACUUUUCCGCACUAAACGACAAAGGUCCUUGAAUAGCGUUGAGCGUACAAUUUUAAGCGUAAGUUUAAACCGCUUUAGAAACUUGACGACCAGACUUCGGGUUUUUGUAACGCAUUCUUGUAAACAUCCGUUGAACAUACUUCACUCGCGGUUCUCCGAGGAGACCCCCAGUCCGUGUUUGUAAUAAUAAACGAUACUGACAUUAGUAGUUAUAACGAUAAACUAUACAUACUUUUGUGAAUAGAUAUAUUUAAUAAUUUAUUUCCUAGGUAGAGUACGCGGUAUCGCUUUCGUUUCUUUUAAUUUUUUUUAAUUUUUUUUUUUUUUUGUUAACUUGGUCCAUUUUUGCGACUUUUCAAUUCCUCUUGUAGUUUUCCGGUUAACCGGCAACGCGGCUUCGUUAAAACGAGAUUUGGGGUUAACACCGGCCUUGUCUUAACAUCUGCCGCAAAUGUCUCCGUGUUUACGAGUAGAGAAGACGCACGGUCGCUUACCGAGACAAGAAAAUCGAGCAUUUUCGUUUGAUUAGCUAUUGCGCUUCUACUAAUUGAAGCGCGCAUCGCGAGGUGAAACCGUUGUUCGAUCACAAUCGUACCGAGUACCGCCAUGUGUCGCGCGUUACACCGACGAUUGAAAUGAAAUCUUGUUUACGUUUCUAAGUUACUAAUCGAUCGUAUCAUUUGUAUAGAAAUCCGUUUUAUAGUAGUAGAUGGAAGAAUGGAGUCGCGACAUGCAUAGGUCGCGGAGAUCGUUGGCUGGACCCCAUUUAUAUCGUUAUUGACUCGUACCGCGUUAGGGGCCAAUUCUAACUCGAUCGAACGCGUUUCUUCCAGGCAACUAAAUCCGUCUAACCGUCUCCGAGAUUGACCGAGGAUCGUACGUCCGAAUUUUAUUGCGUUUUUCCGUACAACAUAGAAAGGCUCGUAUAAGUUUCUCCGGUGGUUGCUUUUUUUUUUUACACCGUUAUACCCUUCCAAACCACGAUGCAUUUUUCCGUUUGGAUAAUUACGAUAAAUUGCAUCCGAUCGUUCAAGGUGAGCAAUAGAUUGCAAUUUCCGUAACGCAUAAGUUUCAGGUGCAGGUGGUGUAAUCUAUCUAGGGUAACGAGAUAAAGUGUCACGCGAGUGAUUAGUUUAUUAGAAGCCCAAAAAAACGCACGAGAAUGGACUUUUCCAGGAAACUGCAUGGCAUUUGUAAAUACUCUAAACCGUAAUCAAUUACGGGGAGGGUUACUCUAACCAGUUUAUGUGAUUAUUUACUUUAUCAUUACGAUCAGUGAAUUAAAUAAAUAUUGGUAAUAUAUACACCGAA